UCCUACUGAAUUAAUUAUAACAAAUAGUUCAAUUAUUCCAGUAAAUAAUAAUGCAAUGUGCUUAUCAGCGAUUCAGCAAACUCAGUCUAGUGGAUGGGUGGUUGGUGUUGCCUUUUUAUCGAAUGUUUAUAGUGUAUUUGAUUUUGAUAACUUAAGAAUUGGAUUUGCUGAAACUAAAGCUUCUUAA